GCUACGCCAGAGGAAGGAGGGGACGAGCGAAGGGAGAGCGCGAAGGGCUGGUCCCUGCUCUGGUCGUGGCAGCGGCGGCGCUCUGAGAAGGAUGGGACCGAGCCGGGCCUAGCGGGGCAGCUGCCGCCAUGAGCGGAGCAGCGGCUGGUGGCGAGGGAAGGAGCGGCGACGCCUCCGCAGGCCGCUGGCCUGGCUGGAAACUGCUCGCCUUGGGCCUCCUUUCCGCUUCUUCGGUGCUGGUGGCAGCCCCGGCCGUGCAGGCUAUGGGCAGGGAGGAGAAGCGUCGCCUCGGGAAUCAAGUAGUAGAAAUGUUUGAUCAUGCCUAUAGUAAUUAUAUGGAACAUGCCUACCCAGCUGACGAGCUCAUGCCUUUAACCUGCCGGGGAAGAGUUCGCGGUCAAGAACCAAGUCGCGGGGAUGUGGAUGAUGCCUUGGGCAAGUUUUCGCUGACGCUUAUUGAUACAUUGGACACUCUUGUGGUGUUAAAUAAAACCAAAGAGUUUGAUGAAGCUGUCAGAAAAGUGAUUAGAGAUGUUAAUUUAGACAACGACAUCGUAGUAUCAGUGUUUGAAACUAACAUAAGAGUCCUUGGUGGUCUUUUAGGUGGGCACUCAGUAGCGAUCAUGCUGAAAGAGAAGGGUGACGACAUGCAGUGGUACAAUGGGGAACUUCUGCACAUGGCAAAGCAGUUGGGCUACAAGCUUUUGCCCGCUUUUAACACGACUAGUGGUCUCCCAUUUCCAAGAGUUAACUUGAAAUUUGGAGUAAGAAGUCCCGAAGCACGGACGGGAACGGAGACAGACACUUGCACAGCUUGUGCUGGUACUUUGAUCCUGGAGUUUGCUGCUCUCAGCCGCUUCACAGGAGCAUCAAUAUUUGAGGAAUAUGCACGGAAGGCGCUUGAUUUUCUUUGGGAGAAAAGGCAACGCAGCAGCAAUUUAGUGGGAGUCACGAUUAAUAUCCACACGGGUGACUGGGUCCGCAAAGAUAGUGGAGUUGGAGCAGGAAUAGAUUCCUAUUAUGAAUAUUUAUUAAAGGCCUAUGUCUUGCUUGGAGACGACAGUUUUCUGGAAAGAUUUAACACACAUUAUGAUGCCAUAAUGAGAUACAUUAGCCAGCCACCCCUUCUGCUCGAUGUGCACAUACACAAGCCAAUGCUCAAUGCCCGGACGUGGAUGGAUGCGUUGCUCGCAUUUUUUCCAGGUUUGCAGGUGCUGAAAGGUGAUAUUAGGCCAGCUAUAGAAACUCAUGAAAUGCUGUAUCAGGUGAUAAAAAAGCAUAACUUUCUUCCUGAGGCUUUCACAACUGAUUUCCGAGUUCAUUGGGCUCAGCAUCCUUUACGGCCAGAAUUUGCAGAGAGUACCUAUUUCUUGUAUAAAGCAACUGGCGAUCCUUACUACCUGGAAGUAGGAAAAACACUAAUUGAAAACUUAAAUAAAUAUGCACGAGUACCUUGUGGAUUUGCUGCCAUGAAGGAUGUUCGUACUGGAAGCCAUGAAGACAGGAUGGAUUCUUUCUUCCUGGCUGAAAUGUUCAAGUACUUAUAUUUACUCUUUACUGAAAAGGAAGACCUGCCUUUUGAUAUAGAAGGCUAUAUCUUUACUACAGAGGCUCAUUUGCUACCUCUGUGGCUAUCUACUACAAACCAAACAGGCCCUAAGAAAAAUAUUACUACAGAGUACACAGAGCUGGAUGACAGUAACUUUGACUGGACGUGCCCCAACACUCAAAUCCUUUUUCCCAACGACCCCAUGUAUGCCCAGAGUAUCAGGGAGCCUCUGAAAAAUGUGGUGGACAAGAGUUGUCCUAGGGGAAUUUCCAGAGCGGAGGAGAGUUUGGGCAGUGGGCCAAAACCUCCUCUGAGAGCCCGGGAUUUCAUGGCGAGCAAUCCUGAGCAUUUGGAGAUACUGAAGAAGAUGGGGGUCAGCCUGAUUCAUCUCAAAGAUGGAAGAGUACAGUUGGUGCAGCAUGCGAUCCAAGCAGCAAGUUCGCUGGACGCUGAAGACGGCUUACGGUUCAUGCAAGAAAUGAUUGAGCUCUCCAGUCAGCAGCAGAAGGAACAGCAGCUGCCUCCUCGUGCCGUUCAGAUUGUUUCUCACCCAUUCUUUGGCAGAGUGGUCUUGACCGCUGGACCAGCACAAUUUGGAACAGAUCUAUCCAAACACAAGUCGGGGACAAGAGGAUUUGUUGCAGUCAGUAAGCCAUAUAAUGGAUGCUCUGAAAUCACCAAUCCGGAAGCACUGAAGGAGAAAAUUGCUUUGAUGCAAAGAGGGCAGUGCAUGUUUGCUGAAAAGGCACGGAAUAUCCAAAAAGCAGGGGCCAUAGGCGGCAUCGUUAUCGAUGACAAUGAAGGAAGCAGCAGUGAUACGGCCCCUCUGUUCCAAAUGGCGGGAGAUGGGAAGAAUACAGACGACAUCACCAUCCCCAUGCUGUUCCUGUUCAACAAGGAAGGCAGCAUUAUCCUUGACGCCAUCCAGGAGUAUGAGGCGGUAGAAGUGCUGCUGUCAGACAAAGCAAAAGACAGAGCAACUAUAUUUAAAGAUAAAAUGAUUCCAAACUACAUUAUUGAUAGCAAUUUGGAAAUGGAAAGCAUGGAUCAAAAGUCAUCUGAUAACGAUUCUCAUAACCAGAGGUCAGAAGAGAUCUCAACAGAUUUGAACUUGAUCAGUGAAGAACCUGAAGGAGAAGGAGGUUUAAAUGCACUCACAGAGCUGGAUGGCAGUCAUGUUUCUCCUGCAAACCAGGAUUCUUGUAUACCUAAACUCCAAGAAAGUAGUAGUAGCAGUCAGACAUCGGAGCUGGAAAAUCACCCGAAGGAACAAUCAGAGAUUGAGAUGGAUUCCAGUCCGAGUAAUAGCUGGGAUAAUAAAGGCCAGUCUAUGGAAUCAAUCUUAGCAGAUUGGAAUGAAGAUAUAGAAGCAUUUGAAAUGAUGGAAAAGGACGAAUUAUAACUUCAAGUGACUCGUGUGGGACUGCUCAACCGUGAACUUCGUGGAGGCCCUGAGAUCUGAAAAAUGAAAGAAUUGUUCAGUAUUGUGGCAAACAGCCAGGUUUUAUGGCAAAAGCCAGCAUGUGUUAUAACGUGUAUUGCUGUUUCCUUUUGUUUUCCCUGUUUCUAAAAAUGGGAAUGUGCAAUCGACCCGUUUAUAGGGUUCCUUUGCAUGGUGCUGUAACACAGGAGGCUCAUUCAGGGAACGAGUUGGAUUCCUCCUGCGUUCCAGGUUCUUGUGGGUUAGCUUGCCUUAGUCUGAGGAGGCCAAGACGAAUGCGAUGGGAUUGAUCCUCGCUGCGUCAGGGUGGCCAGCAGGCGCAUCGAGUCUUGGCAAGUGGAAGACCACGGGCUGGGCUGUUGCAACGAUACUGUUUGACGGGUCAGUACUGGCACCCAGGCCUUUAUAGCCAAAUGGCUGAAGGUACUUCAGGCUGUUGUGCCUUGGCUCUGAGGGCCGAACAGCAGCAGCUGCGAUUUGUCCUUUGCCACUUAAUAUGGUAAGUGCGUUGUAACUCCUCAAUUGCUUCUUCCACUUCUUACGUUGAGGAAUGACCAAGACAACUUGGAUUCCCCCCCCCCCAAUGUUCCUCAUUCAAGCCAAGAUAGUUUAUAAACCAAAGGUAAUGGGCACUAUUGGUGAGAAGGAAAAAGCAAAAGGUUUGAAAGGUUAAUUAAUUAAUUAAAAUCACAGAAGAAUCUGGAACUGGAAUCUGAGUAACAGGGCAAGACCUCUUCUCUACACUCCCCUCACUUUCAUUUUGAAUCUUCCACAUCAAAUGGUGAGCUUAAAAUAAGCAGAAACUGCCACUUUUUGGAAAAUGUACUAAAUCUCUUAAAACUAAGGUGGAAUUUGUUUGGUUUUGUGACUCAUCCAGUGGAGUCAUCCUUACAUUGAUACCGUCUCUAUUCCAGUAGACAACUUAAAAUUUCUAGUGUUUUUCCAUUGGGCAAAAAGGCCAGUAUCUUAACUAGAGACAGUAUGUCCACAGCAGAGGAUGAAGUCAAUGAAAGACUGGCAUCAUGUGUACAUUCUCUUUAAAUUGUAGUAGAAGGUCUAGUAUAUACGAGAGCAAUCAUGUUUUGCAAACGUCUGAAGUUGAAACUGAGGAUAAUCUUCUAAAAACCCAACCUCCCACUCCAAGAGUAAUACAAGCAAGACUGUCAUACACUACUUCUUUAUAUCCAGUCUUCAUUACUUUCAUCUUGUUAGUUUUGAUUUCUGCCUAGUUUUUUAAAAAUUAUUUUUUUAUUUUAUUUGCUUUUAAGAAACUUCAAGAAACUGCACUCAGUUCAGCCACUUUAUAACUGACUUUUGUUGGAGAAUUAAUAAUAAAAUGUCUGUCACAACGAGGUGCAGAGUUGUGUGUGCGGGAAGGGUCCAGUUGCACACUGCAAUGGUACCUGGAAAGGGGGAUCUUGUCAGAGGAGGUCAGGUCAUCUCAAGAUGGAGCAGAGGCCAUGUUUUUAAAAGGCAUCAGCAGCAACCCUUAGCGCGGCACCAGCCUUCCCAGCAGAAGAGAAUGGCAACUAUUAGUUUCUCAGUAUGCAAAUAAAGCGAGCGGUAGGUGGGGUAUCCCCAGCCUUGUUUUCCACUCUGCGUCUCCGUUGAACUGGCUUAGCUCCCUCCCUCCUGUUUUCUAGAUUGUUUCUUGGUCAAACGGUGUGACACAAGUUGUUAGAAGUUGUCUGUUUCUGUGUUUAUCCUUCAUGUAUGUAUAUACAGAGAAAGAGUCAGCGAGUCAGUUAUAUGUGUUUGCAGUCUGAACAGUGGAAAGGUCCUAAUACAAAAAGCCAGAAAGUGCAAAAAGCACCUUCCAAUGUACAGGCCUUGGCAUUUUUCUAAGAAUAUCCUAGCUGGGUGAAAAUGUGAUUGUGCAGAAACUGAGUGAAAACCAUGGUGGUAAAUCUUAGCAGGCUAAUAAAUAAUAAGUGUCCUUUAACUUUUUCCCCAAAUGUUUUUAUUUGCACAUGAAGUAUUAGAAGUGGGGCUUUCAACUUUUGGGUGAAGUAUCUCGCAUUGAGUUGUCUUUAGGCUUAGGUCUUGAUUGUUGGAGGGCGGAAUAUUUCUUCAGGGAUUCUGAAUGGAGUCUUAGCUCAAGUGUCCUUUGGUAACUUUGGCCCUCAUCCAGAGGAGAAUGUGUGUUUGGUUGUGCCCAGAAAAGAGUUUUAGCAGUUUGGGGCCAAGCCUACAGAAUGCACUAAAUUUAAGCUAGAAUUGUAAAAAGUAAAUGGAUAUUCUGCAUGUCACGAGUACUAGUGCCACUGAUUAAAAAUAAACAACCCCCCCCCCCACAUCUUUAUAUGAACUCUGAUCUAGAAUAACUUACCAAUCAAACUGUAAUUUUCACUAGCCCUUCAGUAUAAAUUGCUCAUUCUGGGUUUCUGGUAAAUCGAUUCUUUAGUCAUUGUAUUUUCAUGAAACAUUUUGAACAGAAAUAUUCCUGCUUCAUACAGCAACCACUAAAUUUUCAUUUUCUCCUACAAAUUAUUUAUUAAGAGUUUGCACUACCUGUUACUACUUGUACAUAGUUUGUAACAUGGAUUUUAGGUUGUGUCUGACAUUAAACAUCUGCAAAUGGAUUGAGUUUUCUUUAUUGAUUCAGGGAAUAUUGAAAGACUCCCUUGCCAUUAGAAAGGAGCAUCUGAAAGGUGGUCGUCUACCUCAGAUAUAAGUUGCCCUUUUUAUAUAUAUAUAUAUCUUAGUUUUUCAUCACAGCCAUAAGUGUGUUGGACAAUAAGAGGUGUACAUGUUAUCAACUUGAUUUGAAAAAAUGCUUUUUGGAGAGAGGUUACUUACAAAUUACGAAUUUCUUCAUAUCAUAACAGAAGCCCUUUUUGGACAAGCAUUCCUGUACCUAUUAGGAGAAUUGUGUAUGUCUUAAGUUCACACAUGCCUCCAUUCUUUAGGAGAAGGUAAAGCGGAGUUGGCACAAGAGCAGAUGCAUCUUGACUCAGGAUCUUCUCGAAGCUGUUUCUCUUGUACCUUUAGCAGGUUCAACAGAGAUCCAAAGGAUGGUAUUACCUUACAGGCAGGACAGUAGAGGAAACAUUCUAUGAAUGCAAACCAUACAUCCAGAUUUUAUAAGACUUUUUACCAGCCCAAUUUACAGCCAUAUAUUUUCUUAUGAUGUAAUUUAUGAAAAGUCUCAAGGGGUGCUUUAUCAGUACUGUAGUUGGGUUGUACUGUCUGGUGAUUUUAGGUGUAUCCAAUAUUCCCAAGGGCAACUAUGUACUGUGAUAAAAGUCUGAGCUCAAUGUGUACAUAAUCUUUGUACAUAAAAUUGUGUAUUUGAUUAUAAUUGCUGAUUGUAAAGAUUUAAUAAAACAUGUAAAUAUUCUGGUCAAAA